AUAACCUGAGCUUGCUCUGCAGAUCAGCCAAAGCUCCCCAGACCUGCUCUACUGAAAACAGAGGCAACAGGGGAGAUCUUGCAGCUGCUCUGCUGACUAUCAAUGCCAAACCUGCUGUGCUGGAAAGGGAGACUGCUCUGCAGCUCAGAUCUCCUGUAAUGCUCAGACAGAGGGACUCUGGGCACAGCUUUGCUAUGUACCUCCACCUUCACACCUGAAAUCACUGGGCAGGACCUGCCUUGCUCUGCACUGCACAACCUCCUCCAGCUGAAGCGCAAAACUCCCUGCACUGCACAACCUCCUCCAGCUGAAGCGCAAAACUCCCUGCACUGCACAACCUCCUCCAGCUGAAGCGCAAAACUCCCUGCACUGCCCACCUUGCAGCACAGGAGGUGACUCCUGAACAAACAAGUCUCUAAUAACGUCAAGAUCUGGGAGACUGAUAACAACAUGUCAAAAUAUAAACUUGUUAUGUUGAGGCAUGGCGAAGGUGCCUGGAACAUCGAAAACCGCUUCUGUAGUUGGGUUGACCAAAAGUUGAGCGCCGAUGGGCUCAAAGAAGCAGAGGAAUGUGGGAAAAAGCUAAAGUCUUUGGGGUUUGAGUUUGAUCUUGUCUUCACUUCCAUCUUGAGUCGAUCAAUACAAACAGCAUGGCUGGUACUGAGGGAGCUAGACCAAGAAUGGGUCCCCACCCAGAGUUCAUGGCGACUCAACGAACGGCAUUACGGAGCUUUGAUAGGUCUUAACCGAGCAGAACUUGCUCUGAAUCAUGGAGAAGAACAAGUCAAAAUCUGGCGGAGGAGCUAUGAUGUCUCCCCUCCACCCAUAGCUGUGAGCCACCCUUAUUAUCAAGAAAUUCACACCGAUCGGAGGUAUACAACCUGUGAUAUUCCAAAGGAAAUUCUACCAAAGUCUGAAAGCUUAAAACAAGUACUCGAUCGGCUUCUCCCAUAUUGGAAUGAAGUUAUUGCACAGGAGAUUAAGAACGGAAAAAGGGUUCUUAUAUCGGCACAUGGCAACAGCACAAGGGCACUUCUCAAGCACUUGGAAGGAAUUUCUGACUCGGAUAUUGUGAACAUUUCUCUUCCUACCGGCGUUCCUGUGCUCCUCGAACUUGAUGAGAAUCUACAUCCCGUCAAGCCUCACGAAUUCUUGGGCGACCAAGAGGUCAUUCGAGCAGCUAUAAAGAAAGUGGAAGAUCAAGGAAAAGUGAAGCCUAGUGAUAACUGAGGAAAUGCCCCAAGCAUUUCCUUUUUGGACAAGAAUCAGCGGUGCUUUGUUACAGUCUCUUGUUUGCAUAACACAAUGUAAAUAGAAUCUUAUUUUUGUCGUUGUUUGCAGGUCUGUAUUGGCGUGUAUUUAUCAUGUGCUCAAUAAAAUACUCCAAAAAUCU